GAAAAAGAGAAAAAGAUGAUUAACGAAAAGAAAAUCCAACGCAUCUCUUUUUGGAAUAAUAGGGAAUACUACUUCCGUUGCAAAACUAUGGCUUGCUCAAGUAGAAAAGUAUCGCCGAUGUUCCGAUUUGGAAAGGAAAAAGUAAGAUGUGGAAGGGGCUCCUUUCUCCAGAAGAUGUGCGAACAAGUUCCUGUAGUAAACCAGAAUACAGUCAGUGCGGUUGAAACAUUCGCGGUAUAUACAUCUCACACGCAGGACCACGCUUUAAAUAUCAUCUUGACUAGUUUUGUUCGUCAGUGCUGUCAUUUCCUUCGAAUCAAAUUGCUUGCCUUUACAGGUGGAUCAUUGUUAUUUAUUUAUAACGCAGUGCUCUGAUGUGGACGUAAAAUGACCAAAAUGAUUAACGAUUUUUCGAAUAAUAGUGCCCUGACAGAUGAAGUGGAAAAACGACUGCAAAUUAUUCUCAACGAAGGCCCUAAAAAUAUAAUGGACUUCAACAACAUGAAACCAGAAAUACCGCCCUUUUAUGAUGAGAAGAAAUUUCGGUUGGGACAGCAAACCUUUCAUAAUAAUUUGUUCUCCAUGAUGAUUGCAAAACUUUGCGGCCUUGUGUCCCUUCUAGCUAUUUCAACCAUAUUGGAUGUAGUUAUGUUUACCAAAAAAAGCGGUACUCCUUGUUUGGCGUAUCGCAGAUAUGCAGAGACGGUGCUUCAUACAUGUGUAUGGCAUGAAAAGGAUCCCAACGGCAAACCAAAUGAAUUUUUAAAAUCCCUAAAAAUUGUACGUCGAAAGCACUGUAUUGCGUUCAGAAGAAGCACCGAGGCUGGAGUUCAUAAACCAACGCAAUUGGAUAUGGCACUCGCCCAGUUUGGAUUUAUCGGAUUUAUUAUCGUGAGUGAGAAAUACCUAGGAAUAAGUGCCACUCCUGAGGAAAUGGAAGGUGUAAUACAUCUCUGGAGGGUCAUUGGUAGUAUGCUUGGGAUGGACGACAAAUUCAAUAUCUGCGCGGGUACUCUGGAAGAAACUCGUGCUCUUUGUCAAAGGAUACUAGAAGAGGUUUUCGUUCCUCGCCUAGCAAAUAGAAAUAAGAACGAACAUUUUGAUCAGAUGGGUACUGUGCUGUUGCAGAGUCUCUGGCCCAUCAGUUUUGGUAUUGAACCACUAGCGUUCACUGCCUUCACACUUCAUUUGGCUUCUUCGACUACGCGCAACAAUAAUCAUUCCAUCGAAAUAGAUACUUCAUCUAUGCCGUUUUACAGCUGGUAUCUGUUCAACAUGCAAUACUUUGUGUUGAAAUACUUAUUGCGACCUGAUGCUUGGUGGUCUCCAUUCUUUCGUGCAAUUUUUAAUAGUUUUAUGCGUUUGUCAAUUUCUCGUAUAAAAAAUUUUUCUUAUACGGCUUAUUGGAAAUUCGGGAAAGAAUACGCAAAAGUCAACAUAUUUAAUUAUCGUUUAGAUUGAGAAUUUAAUCGAAGAACAUAAGAUAUCAGAUUAAGAUGUGAUUCAGUAAAAGAAAAAUCUAUAUAAAGGCGAUUAUGCAUGCAUAAUUAAUUCGUCAUUACAUGUGCCUGUACCAAAUAUUAAUUUGCCGCGAAGUGAAAUAUUCUUACAAAGAAAAAGAAGACAAAAUAAUAUGCAUGC